AUGGGAGGUUUUCUAUCUCAUCUGAAGCCGGAGAAAAGUGUUGAAGUGCUCAAUGCAACCUGCGGUCCUGUAAGAGGGAACAUCUACAGACAUGAUGAAAAAGUUGUAAAUGGCUACCUUGGAAUCCCAUAUGCACAGUCAUCUGCUAAAGAAAAGAGAUUCAAAAAACCAUUGCCUGUAGAUACAUGGACAGAUCCACUAGAUUGUUACAAGUAUGGUCCGAUUUGUCCUCAAUCUGGAGACAAAAUCUCGACGCUCUUGCCCCCCGGAUAUCGCGACAUUGAUGAAGCUCGUGGCUUGAACUUGAACGUCUUUGCUCCCAGCUGGAAAUCGGAAGAGUUUGUGAGUUUUUUUCAAAUACUGAUCAAAGAUGGUCACAAGGAUGAGCUCUUCCAUCGAUACAUGCCAAUGUCCGGAUCGGCUUGGUCUGACUUUGCGAUCCGACCAAAAGGCGUUGAAGCAGAGGUCUGCAAGAAUUUUGCCAGGCAUCAUGGAUAUUCCGGAGAAGACUCAAAAAGUUUGUUGGCCUGGUACAAGAUGCAAGAUAUCAGUAAGUUUUUGGAAACCACUGGCGUGAACAAAAGCAAUGCGUCCGGUGCCGCAUACUUCGGACCAGUUUUUGACGGUGACUUCUUCCCGAAACCAUUCGAUCAACUGCAAAGAGACGCACCAAAAUUGGAAGUUCUGACCACUGUUAAUGAAUACGAGGGUCUUGGAUUUCUUAUGAUGUACCCAAAUCGGAAACAUAAUAUCGAAAUCGUGGCCGACGUAUUUGGAUCAGAUGUUGUGCUACAUCCAAAAGAAGUUCAGAAAAAAUUGUAUGACUUUUAUAUGGGAAAUGUCAAGUUAGAAGAUUCGAAAGCUAUAGAAUUAAAAAUGAUUGAGUUUAUCAGCGAUUCAUGGUUCAACUUCCCCGCUUUAGAAACCGUUCGUCAAGCUACAAAGGCUGGUAACACAGCAUAUUUGGCAUCAUUCGACUAUUACAACAUGGAAUCUAGGGAUCCGUAUGCGGAUUGGUUUCCAUUCAAGGCAGCUAAUCAUAACUCUGAGCUAAAGUACAUGUUGGGAGAAGGAAUGGGAAAAUUUGAUCCCGUCGAGGGAGAGUUUGAGAUGAUCGAACUUAUGGGAAAGUUGGUGACCAACUUUGCCAAAUAUGGGAAUCCAAACGGCAUAACUGGUCCACAACUAUGGGAAAAGUACACAUUGAACAAACCAUUGUCCUAUUUCCGCAUUGACUUGCCUAAAUGUGAAAUGAGGGAUAACUUCCAAAAUGGGAGGCUGAAAAUCUAUGACGAAAUCAACGAGAGUGGAGAGAAUUAUUAUCUAUGGCAAUGGACAUAUUGGGUACGUCGAGGAGUUCCGGGACCACUGGGUUACCCAGUAAUUGGGUCGUUUUUGAAUAGUUUGGAUCACAGUUUCCCAGGACCAUUACAAGUUAAAGAGUGGACCAAAAAAUACGGAAGCACGUUUGGAUUCACAGAAGGGCUAAUGAAAACUUUGGUAAUAUCUGACCCAGAAUUGGUAGACGAAGUUUUUGUAAAGCAAUACGACAAUUUCUAUGGAAGAAAAAGAAAUCCCAUCUCAGGAGACUCAGAGAAAGAGAAAAGAACUAAUAUCUUUUCUGCCCAAGGAUUUCGAUGGAAGAGAUUAAGAACUAUUUCUAGUCCAACUUUUUCCAAUAAUAAUUUGAGAAAACUGAAUUUAACUGUAGAGGAAUGCGCUUUGGAAAUAAUCAAGCAUACUGAGGAGAAAACAGCUGGUGGGGCUCAAAUUGAUAUGUUGCGAUUUUACCAAGAAUUCACACUUGAUGUGAUUGGACGAAUUUCAAUGGGUCAGAGCGAAUCUUUGAUGUUUAAUAAUCCCAUCUUCCCUAUUGUUAGGAAACUUUUCCAAGGUAGCGGCUACUACUUCAGACUCAUGUUGAUCGGUGGUGUUCUUCCUCCAUUCCUAGUGGAAAUCGUCAGACAAAUUGUUAGGAGACUGAAAAUGGGAACUUUCGGAAAAAUCAACGGAAUCACACUCGAGGCAGUGCAAAAGAGGAUCAAGCAGAGGGAGGAAGAUGAAAAAGCAGGAGUAGAGCCUGGAGAGCCCGAAGAUUUUAUUGACCUAUUUUUGGACGCAAAGGCGGGAGAUGUAGAACACUUUGAAGAAGAUAAUGGAGACUUCAAGAAAAGUACAAGUUAUACCAAUCGUCAACUUACCACUGACGAAAUUGUGGGUCAAUGCACAGUUUUCCUGAUUGCUGGAUUUGAUACUACUGCGUUAUCACUUUCAUACUCAACGUAUCUCUUGGCAACGCACCCAGAAGUCCAAAAGAAACUCCAAGAAGAAGUUGAUAGAGAGUGUCCAGGUUCCGGGAUCACGUUUGAUCAACUAUCAAAAUUGAAAUAUCUGGAAUGUGUAAUGAAAGAGACAUUGAGACUUUAUCCAUUGGGAACUUUCGCAAAUUCUCGAAAAUGCAUGAGAACCACAAAACUCGGAGACAUUGAAGUUGAAGCUGGAACAAUGGUUCAGGUAGAUACAUGGACGCUGCAAACGAAUUCAAAAAUUUGGGGAGAAGAUGCGGGAGAAUUCAAACCAGAAAGAUGGGAAAAUGGGGAUGAGCAGUUUAUUCAAAAAGGAGCUUACAUUCCGUUUGGAUUGGGACCUCGUCAGUGUAUUGGAAUGCGUUUGGCUUAUAUGGAAGAGAAAAUGUUGUUGGCUCAUAUUUUGAGAAGAUAUACAUUUCAAACUGGAACUAAAACAGAAAUUCCUUUGAUGUUAAUUGGGACGACUACUACUCAACCGGCCAGCGUCUGGAUGCAUUUGACACCAAGGCUUUGA